GUUAAUUUUUUGUUUACAAAUCAAGUGCUCCUAUCUUUUCGCGAACGUGGAUGUUUAAUGAUUAUUGCAGAUCAAUUUAAGUGGUAAAAUUAGCAUUAUGGUGUAGAGUUAAAGAAGUUCAGGUGCAGCAAACUUACUCUUUUUGUUUCAAGUGAUCCACCGUUUUGGAUUUUACCUCUCAAGUGUCAACUAUGGGUGGGCUCUUUAGUUACUUCAGAAAUCUUCUCGGAGGACGAGAAAUGAGGAUCCUUAUCCUAGGUUUAGAUGGAGCAGGAAAAACAACUAUUCUGUACAAAUUGCAAGUUGGUGAAGUCGUUACAACUAUACCAACCAUAGGAUUUAAUGUGGAGCAAGUUACUUACAAAAACCUCAAGUUCCAAGUCUGGGACUUGGGUGGCCAGACAAGUAUAAGACCAUACUGGCGAUGUUACUAUUCAAACACAGAUGCUAUUAUCUAUGUAGUAGACUCAGCAGAUAAAGAUAGGAUUGGCAUCUCCAAGGAUGAACUCUUGUACAUGCUCCGGGAGGAGGAGUUACAGGGUGCAAUUUUAGUUGUCCUUGCCAACAAGCAAGACAUGGAUGGCUGCAUGAGCGUGACAGAGGUAUAUCAAGCUCUAGGACUGGAUGCACUAAAAAAUCGAACAUUCCAAAUCUUCAAAACUUCAGCUAAAAAAGGAGAAGGGCUAGAAGAGGCAAUGGACUGGCUGUCUAAUGCUCUAACAAGCAGAAAAUGAUUCCUAAAACAAAUUUCCUUAUAUUUGAUCCUUGUUAAUUGUGAGUUCCGUCUCAUAAAAAGUUCUGUAAAGUAUUGCAAGUGUAAAUAAAUAUAUAUUUUAUCUAUUUAAAAUUUACUGUGAGGAUAGAUUUUUAUGUAUUUUUUACAUAACUUAUGAAGAACACAGUGGAUAUUAGCUGUAAAUAGGGGCCCGUUUCGUUUUUGAAUUUCGUGUAGCUCUACUCUUGACUUUUUAUCAAUCUUUUCUACAUCUUAUCCUCCUUUUUAAUUCAGUUUUGUGUUGUUUUUAUUUCUCUUUUGUAUAUUUUAUGAUCUACAUCUAAUGUAAAACCUGAAAUAGAGGAAGUUUAGUGAAGAAAGUAUGUUAGUAUGUAUUUGGCAUAACUCAAGUUCUUUUCAACACUUCGGUGAAAAGAAAAGAUGGUCAAUUCUCUUAACCUGAACAAGAAUUAUGUCAGUGAAUUUCCGUGGAGUAAUAAUUACUCAACUUAUCAUUUUGAGUUCUCUCCUACACAAGAACUUUUGAAUAUUCAUCACGUCAACAGAAUGCACAGAUAAUAAAUCUGUUUUGACUUUCUAAGAUAUUGUGAACUUUUAAUACGACCAAAAAUGUUAGCUCUGUGUAAAAAUAUUUGUCUUCAUAUAAACAAAAGCAAAUUUAUCAUGUACUGAAAUGCAAUAGAGGAUUUUUAUUCAGUGCUGACGCAGCUGAAUUCAUUUUGCAUCAAAGGGAAAAAAGCAAUUCCUUCCUCAGGGUGUAACAAGUUAUCUCUCAAAAAAGAUUCACUGAGGAUAAUGUUUCUGAGCUUUACUUAUUUAUUAUUAUUAUUAAUUUUCUCUUUCUUAGCCAGAGUUGGAAAAGAGACAGCAGUUAUUAUAGAUUUUUGACCAAAUAAGAUUGGCCCAUCUUUUAUAGUCAGCAAUUUAUCCCAAAUUCCAUGGUAUGGGGCUAAAACAGGUUUGAUCAUUUUGUCAAUAAUAUCACCAACAAAAAAGAAGGCAAUCAUACAGGUGUCAUAUUACAUGAUAAAGUUUUUUUUUUCAAGCGGAACAUUGAUUAAAAUUUCUUUCAGUGUAUACUUUUUCAUAGUUCAUGUAGGCUCACAAAACAAAUUUACCUUUGUUUUUCCCUCCUUUCACGAUGUGAUUGAUUCAAACUAAAAACCUUUAAACAUGUGUAAUGUUGCAUUUUUACAACUUCACCACCAAUUCCCACUAGUAGGUGUGCUUUUUUGUUUUGUAUAUUUCUCUUCAUGUUUUUUCUGAAGAAAAUACACUAUUUUUAUUCCCUCCUUCCAUUUCUCUUCUCUUACUUAAUCCAUUUUGAAUUUGGAUGCCGAGUUCAUGUGUUCACUACUAAAUUUUAAUAAAGAAGCACACUUUAUUUAA